UUUUAAAAAGAAAACAUUCUUGCUUUUUCACAAAAUUUUUAAAAAUAGGUAGUCAUUUUGUUCAAAAGCAGGGAUUUUUUACAAUUUUUGGAAAAAAGCAAGACUUUAUUGAUAAUUUUAGCAAUAAGCGGAACUUUGUAGGAUUUACUUACUUACUGGAAAAAUUAAAUCAUUCCGCAAUCUUUUUCGAAAAGUCAGAUUUUUUACUUCGUGAUUUAUCUAGAAUUUCUGGCACAAUUUUUGAAAACAAAUAAAACUUUUUGGAAUUCAUUUUGAAAAAAAUCGAGAAUUUUUGACAAAUUUUGGCGAAAAGAAAAACUGAAAAUUCUAGCAAAAAGUAAAAAUUUUUGGCAAUUACAGGCAAAAAAAUGGUAAGCACUUUUUCGCAGUCUUGGUUGAAAAUGAAAGACUUUUUAAGUCAAUUUUUCGGUUAAAAAGUGAGACUUUUUGACAUUUUUUUAAGUUCGACAUAACCGAGACUUUUUGUCAAUUUUUAGGAAAAAAGGUCCAAUAAGUACUUUUUGGAAUUUUUUUGGGGGAAUUGUGAAAGUUUAUAGCAAAAAACGAGAUAUUUGGAAAUUUUGGAAAAGGGAAAAUUAAGAGUUUUGAAACUAAUACGGCCACUCAUUGUUUUGUUUUUAAAACUUUAUUGACGGGUAUUAAGCCGGAUUACAAACAAUUCAAAAAAUUCGUAGAAUUAAUUCAAAACGUGAUAGUGGCCCUAUUAGGUUUAGACAUCAAUUAGAUAACAGUCGAUUAUUCUAAAAACUGUCAUUUAAAGUUUAUCAAAAUGGAUAAGAACGUCAAUCAUUGUCUUUACCUAAUUUAUUCUAACGUCAGUAUAUCUUCAGUGCGUUCCAAAGUACAUACAUGUCUAUGUAUUUCACAAACAUUAUAGGUAGAGGUUAAAAUGAACCAAAUAACACUCAUCUUGCUAACAAUCUUACCUCUGCUCUUCGCACCAAACACAGACUCAGCCAGCAUAUUAUACCUUUAUCAUCUCGGAGGUAAGAGUUGCAUCUAUUUACACCAAACAAUCAGUAAACUUCUACUGAAAAAUGGCCACCAGAUCACCGCCGUUAGUCCAAUACCAUUGAGCGAAAACCUCGCCAAUUACACAGACCUAGGAGUACACGACGACUUGAUCCAAUUCUCCGAUGCAUUCUCUCUCGAUGAUGGACUCAUGGGCACCUUAGCGAAUAGAAAACUCAUUUACGGAAUUCAAAACGAGAAUUGUAAAAACAUCUAUCGAAACGUGAAACUUGCCAAGGCGGUGAAAAAUCUCAAAGUAGAUCUAGUCUUGUUGGAGAUAGAUAGCGCAGAUUGUUUCCUACCUUUCGCAGCUCAAUUCAACGUACCGAUAAUUGGAGUAACCACUCCGUAUUACGCAUACCCUGAUUUUGAUGGAGUAAUGGGUAACCCGAUAAAUCCAUCUUCUGUGCCGAUUCCUUUCAGCGAAUUACCUCCACAGAUGAACUUUUUCCAAAGGUUGCAAAAUACCAAAGAUUACGUGUUGCAUUUACUGAUCAGCUGGUAUUACAUUUACGAAGCUGAUUCAAUUGUAGCCAAGCAUCUGGAAAGUCCACCGAUACGAGAAUUAUACGAUCGAAUCGCUCUGGUGUUUUGCAAUAAUCAUUUUAGUUUUUUGCCAAAACCAACGGCGCCCAGUACCGUGGAUAUUGCUGGGAUCCGUAUAGGAGAUCCUUCGCCAUUGCCAAAAGAAAUUCAGACAUUUAUAGAAAGUUCACCUAAAGGAGUGAUAUACCUGAGUUUGGGUUCAUCAGCUAAGUUCAGCGGACUUCCAAAACACAUGCACGAUUCAUUCACAAGCGUAAUGGAGAAAUUACCCUAUCGAGUGAUCUGGAGACACGACAAACCUGAAAUGGUUUCAAGUACAUCGAAAAAUAUUCUAGUUCGAUUCUGGCUCCCCCAGAAAGAUAUUCUAGCACAUCCAAAAGUCAUUUUGUUCAUAACACACAGUGGGAUUUUCAGCACGUUCGAAGCGAUCUAUUUCGGAGUACCUAUGCUGACUUUUCCUAUUUUAUACGACCAGUUUACAAAUGCAGCUUUGAUAAAAAGUUUAGGAACUGGACUACCCCUAGAGUUGCGCAAUCUUAACGAACAAUCUUUGACGUCAAGCAUAAACGAAGUGAUACAAAACAAUAAGUAUCGAGAGAAUGUAAGCAAACUAUCGAAUAUUUUCAAAGACAGACCUCUCAGUCCUCAAGAUACGUUGAUUUAUUGGGUAAAUUACGUGCUCAGACAUAAAGGUGCUUCACAUUUAAAACCAGCAGGAGCAAAGUUACCAUUUUAUCAGUAUUUAUUACUAGAUGUUAUUUUAUUUUUGACAGUUGUAACAAUUUCAAUUUGUUACAUCAUUUAUUGGACUCUAAAAACGACCACUUCACUGUUGAAGAGGUUAUUUUGUAAUAAGUCAACAAUAAGAAAACCAAAAACGUCUUAAUAAUGUGAUAUUUUCCUGUUUGCAUUAUUAGUCGGGGGAGCCCGCAUAAGGAUCUACUUAUAGACACUGGACCUGCGUGUAAGACAACCAACUGGCAGCCAUCUUGGCAAAAUAUCCUGUGUAACGCCAAUUUCUCCCGCUGGGUGCUCUUCGCAGCGCUGUACUUCAAUCUGAAGGCAACAGGGAAAAGGGAUGGUAGUGAUAUUUUGUGUAGAGCCAAUUUCCCCCACCUCCCGCUGGAUGCUCUUGGCUGCGCUAGGGCUGCGCGCGCUGUAUUUUGCAUGGUACUUCGUUCAAGAAUUCGACAUCAGCGCUGCGAAGAGCACCCAGUGGGAUAAAUUUGCGUUACACAGGUUUUCUUUACCGUUUCCGUUCCCCUCGGCCUGAAGUUGGUUGUCUUAUUCCGCAGGUCCAGUGUCUAUAGAUCUACUACACCCCCCCCCCCCCCCGGUAGAUCACCCGGGACAAUUUUUUCUCAAAGGAGGGGGGGUGGGUUCUCAACUAAAAACGAAUACAACAUUUUGAUUUUUUUUGGCAUAGAAUUUUAAGGAACAUUUUUAGCCCUUGUCCUCAAAAAAAAAGUCACCCUAAUUACAAAAUGGCGGCCAUUUUGAUUGACAGGUUGGCCAAAAAUCGCAGAUUUUGCGUUCCAACGCAGGACUUGCACGAAAUUCUUUAACCCGUUCAAGGGUACAUCGAAACAUCAGGCAGAAAUUUAUCAUCUGUCAGAAUUUCAAGUGCUAAAGUUCCUAUUUCGAUUUUUGGUGAAUUUUUAAAAAUCAGCUUUAUAGGCCAAAAAUUAAGGAAAAAAUCAAAAUUUCAUCAAAUUGACCAAAAAAUCUGAAAUUUGGAAUAUACCCUAUUUUCGACAUGCCAAAUCGAGUGGAAGCUGUUUCAAACCGUUUUGAGCAGUUCUGGAGCCUCCAGUAGAUUUUUGAAACUUGGAACGCUCACUAGAUUCCAUCGUAUGUAGUUGGAAAGCUGAAAUUUAUUCUGCAAACUAAUUUCAUUGCGCUACGAAGUCGACUGCAGGUGGAUUUCAAGUCGUUUUGGAGCCUCCAGCAACUUUUUGAAAAUUACUGGAGUCUCCAGUAGAUUUUUGAAACUCGAAAUUCCCACAAAAUUUCAUCAAAUUGAGUUGGAAAGCCAAAAUUUAUUCUGCAAACUAAUUUCAAUACGCUACGAAGUCGACUGCAGGUGGAUUUCAAGUCGUUUUAGAGCCUCCAGUAGAUUUUUGAAACUUGAAAUUUCCCAAAAUCUCAACAAAUGGAGAUGGAACCCCGAAAUUCACUUAGAAUAAGACGACUUCUGCGGUGGGUUCAAGUCAUUUCGGAGCAUCCAACGACUUUUUGAAAAUUACAGGACCCUUCACCAGAUUUUUGAAACUUGAAAUUCCCACAAAAUUUUAGCAAAUGGAGUUGGCAAGCUGAAAUUUACUUCGCAAACUAAUUUCUAUACGAUAUGAAGUCGACCGCAUGGUGGUUUCAAAAUGGUUUUGAAGCUUCCAGCUACUUUUUGGAAAUUUCAAUUUUCCAAAAACCGCCAUACAAUCUUUCAAAAAAUCGCUGGUGCCUCCAAAGCGACUUGAAAUCCACCAGCAGUCGACUUCGUAACGUAUUGAAAUUAGUUUUCAGAAUAAAUUUCGGCUUUCCAACUCCAUUUGAUGAAAUUUUGUGGGAAUUUUGAGUUUCAAAAAUCUACUGGAGACUUCAGUAAUUUUCAAAAAGUUGCUGGAGGCUCCAAAACGACUUGAAAUCCACUUGCAGUCGACUUCGUAGCGUAUUGAAAUUAGUUUGCAGAAAAAUAUCGGCUUUCGAAUCCAACUCUAUUUGAUGAAAUUUUGUGGGAAUUUCGAGUUUCAAAAAUUUACUGGAGGCUCCAGAACUGCUCAAAACGGGUUGAAACAGUUUCCAAUCGAUUUGGCAUGUCAAAAAUAGGGUAUAUUCCAAAUUUCAGUUUUUUUGGUCAAUUUGGUAAAAUUUUGAUUUUUUCCCCUAAUUUUUGGCCUAAAUCUGAUUUUCAAAAAUUCACCAAAAAUCGAAAAAAGCACUUUAGCACUUUAAAUUUUGUCAGGUGAUAAAUUUCUGUCUGAUCUUUCGAUGUACCUUUGUACAGGUUAAAUAAUUUCGUUCAUGUCCUAUGUUAGAACGCAAAAUCUGCGAUUAUGGCCGACCUGUCAAUCAAAAUGGCCGCCAUUUUGUAAGUAAAGCCACUUUUUUUUUGAGGACAAGGGCUAGAAAUGUUCCUUAGGACUUUCCCUUAAAAAAAAAGUUAUCUCGAUGGAUCGUCGGGGGGGGGGGGGGGGUGCAAUAGAUCCUUAUGUGGGCUCCCCGACUAUUAAUAAUGAUGAGAUAUCCAAUCGGAAAGUGACACAGAAAACAUUUGAACUACUUAUUUCAACUGAAAUGCAAUAAAAAUUAAUCAAAUCAUCGUUCCAAAGAAACCUUCCGAAUCUGAUACAACCAAGCCAGAUCGAAAGAGCAUGGUUCAACCCCCCCCCCCCCCGGUAUACAAAAAAUUUCAAUGUAUUUUGGGCUAAUUUUCAAAAAUGUGAAAAAUUCAAAAAAAACAUCCAAAAAAUUCGUGUUCACAUUUUUUUUUCAAAAAUCCAAAAACGAACAUCAAGAUCUAAAAUUUUGGUUACGUACGGGGUUUUAAGAAAAUGCUCUUUUUCUUUCUUUCAAAUCGAAGAGACAGCCCAUUCAAAAAGCUCCGUUGCUUGUUAGAAUUUGUAUUGUCUUAUUAAAUAAUUUUUUGUCAA